GCUACGACCAGCGGCCAAGAAUGGCAAAAUACCGAAGGAAGUCAGUGGACGCGGGCGGAGGCAUCCCGAACAUCGAUAUGUCUCUGUACUACGCGACCAACUACUCCAUUAGCUCUUUCAACAGUACGGACGGUGGAAGCUCCAGCUCCAGCGGCGUUUUCCUCGCGACCAAAGACGAUGAAAUACAAAUCAUGGAAGGAGACCAGUUGAUGGACAAUAUGUUCAUCUCGGAUGAGGAGCGUUCUGCAUGAUACUGUCAGCC